AUGAAACAAACCUCUUCCUUGGCUUGCGCCUCGGCCGGCGACGCUCGCCCUCCAACUCAUUUUCAAGGCCACGCCGCCGCGGGCCACUGCCCGCUGCCCGACGUCGCUCCAGCUUGCGCUCUGGCUGCUGACGUAUCUCCUCAACUACGGCCACGCGAGGCACGCAGUCAUCCUCCUCUAUUUGUUUUGGGGUCUGCGGUGCGCCCAUCCGAAGAUGGCGUUGACGCCACCACAGCACCCACGAGCUUAUGUUGUCACGAAUUUUGGAGAAGACCGACGCGUCGUCGACCUCUAAACUCGCGGACGGCAGGGUGUAGACUCUCCCUGCUGCUGAACAAAUUACUUUCAAGCCCCGUGGCUUCUUACGAC